AUGUCUUCAGCACAACCAGUAGCCAAUGAAGAAAUGCCUUCGAAGCUUGAAAGCCAUCUCACAGCAUGCAGCAGUGCUGUCGAGAUCAUGUCGCUGUUCUUCUACACAAUGAGUUAUAAACAGGCAGGCCCAGAGAACCUAGACAAUGACCAAUUCAUCCUUUCAAAGGGACUACCAUUUGUUAAUGUGGCAACAGGAUGGCCUGGGCAAGGACUAGAGGUUGCCUGUGGGGUGGCAUAUACUGGCAAGUACUUUGACCAAGCCAGGCAUUCUGUCUUCUGGGUGAUAGGGAGUCUCUGGAAGGCAUUGGCCUUUGCAUCCUACUACAGUCUGGACGAUGUCAUGGCAAUCUUUGAUGUGAACUGCAUUGGACAUGGUGGCUCCAUGUCCAUUGAACACUGCAUUGCUGUCUACCAGAAGUGUUGUGAAGCCUUCGGGUGGAAUAAUUAUGUGGUGGAUAGGCAUAACGUAGAGACCCUAUGCCAUGUGUACUCACAGACAGCUCAAGUGAGAGGCAAACCCACUGCUGUGGUUGCCAAGACCUUCAAAGCCAGAGGCAUGCCAAAUGUUGAGGAUGCAUAAAGUUGGUAUGGAAAGCCAAUGCCAGAUGCAAUUAUCAAAUUAAUUGAGAGUCAGACACAGACCAACAGGAUUCUUGAACCACCACCCCCUAUUGAGGACUCACCUCAAAUCAACAUUAUGGUUAUAAAUAUAACCUCACCAAUUUAAAUAGCUGAUGACAUGGUAUGCAAAAAUAAAAAAAAAGCAUGUGGUUUGGCUCUGGCUAAACUAGGCCAUGAAAAUGACAGUGUUAUUGUGCUGGAUGGUGACACCAAGAACUCCAACCUUUCUGCCAUGUUCAAGAAAGAACACACAGAGAGAUGCAUCCAGUGUUAUAUUGCUGAACAAAACAUGAUGAAUGUGACUCUGGGCUGGGUCACUUGUGACUGGAUCAUUGCUUUUGUUUGCACCUUCGCUGCCUUUUUCACCCAAGCAUUUGAUCAGAUACACAUGGCAGCCACCUCUCAAAUAAACAUCAGCCUUAUUGGUUCCCAUUGUCGGGUGUCUACUGAUGAUGACAACCCUUACCAUGUGACCCUGAAAGACCUGGCCAUGUUCUGAGCAAUUCCCAACUGCACUGUUUUCUAUCCAAGUGAUGCCAUCUCCACAGAGCAUGCUGUUUAGGCAGCCAAUACUAAGGAAAUGUGUUUCGUUUAUACUAGCCAAGCAGUAGUUAUUUACACCACUCAAGAAACCUUUCAGAUUGGACAGGCCAAGGUUGUGCACAACAGUGACAAUGAUAAGGUCAUAGUUUAUUGGAGCAAGAGUCACUCUGCGUAAAACCUAGUGACUGCUGAUGAGCUCUCUAAAGUAUUUCACUGAUAUUAUUAUUCUCCAGAUAUCGCUAUCCGUGUCAUUGACUUGUUUACCAUUAACCCUCUUGACACUGCCACCAUCAUUUCCAAUGCAAAAGCCACAUCUGGCUGAAUUAUCACCGUGGAGAAACACUACCCAAAAGGUGGCAUUGGGGAAACUGUCUGUGCAGCGGUCUCCAUGACUAACAUCAUAGUUCAUCAGCUGGCAGUGAUGGGGGUGCCUCGAAAUGGGAGAUCCAGUGAAGCACUAGAAUUUUCUGGAAUCAAUGCCAUACACAUCAACGUGGCUGUAAAAUGUAUCUUAAUGAACCAAAUUAGCUAUUGCCCCGCCUUCUCUGCUGCCCAGUCUGUUCACCUGCCCCUUCAUUCUCCAGUUCCUUGCUGGGAUACCCUCUACCCACCAUUUGACUCUGCUCGGCGCUGGAAUGUUGGGCCUGCCAGCGCCUGCCCGCACCUGCCCGUGCCUGUCCGCGCCUGCCGGUGCCUGCCCGCGGUACCCUCCAAGCCAUGA